GGAUGCAAUGAGGGAUUAGAAACCGGAUCGUUUUUCUAAAAGUUUUCUUGAAAAUUCAAACAUUCGCCAUGAGUUAUGUGAUCAUUAAUUCCUGUAUCGGAAAUCUUCUCAGUUUCUCGGUGGGUACGGCCUUAACGUGGGCUUCGCCUGAAAUAGACAAGCUCAAUUCCACAGUGGGAAUCACCAGCGACGAGGGCACAUGGGUGACAUCUUCCCUCCACCUCGGAGCCGUUUUCGGCCCCUUCCUCUUCGGCUACCUAGCCGACAGCAUCGGCAGGAAGCUCACUUUGAUCGGCAUCGGAAUCCCCGUCGCCAUAUCCUACCUUCUAAUGGCCUUCAUAAAGAACGUAUACGCCUUCUACUUCUCCAGAUUCAUCACCGGAUUGGGCACCGGCGGUUUGUUCACCGUGAUGCCUAUGUACAUCGGCGAAAUAGCCGAUAGUUCAAACAGAGGCUUAAUGGGCGGCUUGUUGAACCUCUUCCUCUGCUUGGGGAUGCUCUUCACCUACUGCUUGGGCCCCUACAUAAGCCUGCUAGCUUUCAAUCUGAUCUGCGCCGUUUUCCCCAUAACUUUCUUGGUCGGUUUCUACGUGUACGCGGUGGAAACCCCGACGCAUCUGCUGAAAAAGAGGCAGCCGAUCAAAGCUCGAGGCAGCUUAGAAAGGAUCAGAGGCACCACCCACGUCAGCGAAGAGCUAUCGGCGAUUGAAAAGGCGCUCGAAGCCGAAGGCAAAGCCAGCCUGGCGGAUCUCAUCACGAUACCGGGCAACCGCAAAGCCUUCAUCAUAGGCUUGGGUUUGAUCGCCUUCCAACAGCUCUCCGGCAUCAACGCCGUGCUCUCGUUCGCCGGCAGCAUAUUCAAAAACGCCGGCUCCUCCUUGGAUCCCAACGUGUGCUCCAUCAUCAUCGGCGUCGUCCAGCUCGUAUCGAGCUUCCUGUCGUCGGUGCUGAUCGACCGGCUCGGCAGGAAGAUCCUGCUGAUCGCCUCCGGCGUGGGAAUGGUGCUGUCCGAGGCGCCGCUGGGCGUCUACAGCUACGUGAACGACACCCUGCACAAGGACCUCUCCGGCGUGGCGUUCCUGCCGAUCGUGCUGCUCAUCGUCUACAUGCUGACGUACAACGUGGGCAGCGGGCCCCUGCCGUGGACCAUCAUGGGCGAGCUCUACCCGUCGAACGUCAAGUCGCUGGGGUCGACGCUGACGUCGGUGGUGUGCUGGCUGAUGGGGUUCCUGAUCGUGAAGUACUUUAACGCCGUGCAGGAGAGCAUCGGGCUGGCCUGGUGCUUUUGGAUCUUCUCGUUUUGCUGCGCCGGUUCGAUAUUCUUCACCGUGUUUUACGUUAUAGAGACGAAGGGGAAGUCGCUGGAGCAGAUCCAGGACGAAUUGAAGAGAUGAGAUGUGAGGCUAUACAGGUUGCUCUGUUUUUGAUCGCAACAUAGGUUAUA